CCAAACAAGAAAACCUCAUUAAUUACCGCUCAAUUCCAUUCCAUCAUAUACCACCAAUCCAAAGAUACCCAAAAACUAAUAAUAUCCAAAUAAUUUCAUUUCAUAAUCACUUUCACUUCUAUCACGCCGUCACUGUACAAAACCGAACCCCGCCGCUCCGCCGCGUGCCCGCCGCAGCGUCCGGGCACUCCCCUCUACACCACCCACCGAUGCUCCUUUGAUGCGUAGUUCUUCUGGACCUAAAAACCUGUUCUUGUCUAAACUUCAGAACUGUAUUCCAAACUCAUGGAAACAACAACAACCUACAAAGCCCUUUCACAAACCACUCGUUUCUUUUGAUUCAUCAUCUUCCUCUAUGGUUCCUGUUCUCAUUGCAUCCCUCAAGGAUUUCGUCACUCAUGGCCAUUUAUCAAAUGCAUUCAAAACCUUCAUUCACAUACAACACCAUGCAUCAUCAUCAUCAUCAUCAUCAUCAUCAUCAUCUUCUAAUGCUUCUUUUGACCUAAUUUUUCAACCAAUUAAACAUCUUCUAUUGGCUUGCACCAAUCUCAAGUCUCUUCCACAGGGUAAACAGCUUCAUUCUCAUACUAUUUCAAUGGGUAUCGAUCAAAAUUGCAUUUUGGUUUCUAAGCUUAUUAGUUUCUAUGCUAGUGUUAAUUUACUGGACGAUGCUCGAAUUGUUACUGAGAGUUCAAAUAGUUUGGGUCCUUUGCAUUGGAACAUGGUUAUCUCUUUGUAUGUUAAAAAUAGUUUCUUUGAGGAGGCAAUUUCUGUAUAUAAGAAAAUGUUGAGUAAGAAUGUUGAACCAGAUGAUUUUACUUAUCCAUCUGUCCUAAAGGCUUGUGGGGAGUUAUUAGAUUGUGAUACCGGGGUGGAGGUUCAUAAGUCUAUUCGAGAUAGUUCUAUUAAGUGGAGUUUGUUUGUGCAUAAUGCGUUGGUGUUUAUGUAUGGUAGGUUUGGGAAGCUAGAUGUUGCUCGUCACUUGUUUGAUAAUAUGCCUGUUAGAGAUGAUGUUUCUUGGAAUACUAUAAUAAGUUGUUAUGCUUCUAGGGGUAUGUGGGAGGAAGCGUUUCGGUUAUUUGGACGUAUGCAAGAGGAGGGUAUUGAAAUGAAUGUUAUUAUAUGGAAUACCAUUGCAGGGGGGUGUUUGCAUACGGGAAAUUUUAAAGGGGCGCUUAAGUUGUUUUCUCAAAUGAGAAUGGUGAUUCAUUUGGACUCUGUUGCUAUGGUUGUUGGAUUAAAUGCAUGUUCUCAUAUUGGGGCCCUUAAAUUGGGAAAGGAGAUUCAUGGUCAUGCUAUAAGAACUUACUUUGAUGUAUUUGACAAUGUAAAAAAUUCAUUAAUUACAAUGUAUUCAAGGUGUGGGAAUCUCAAUCAUGCAUAUAUGUUGUUUCGAAAAAUGGAGGAGAAAAGUUUGAUCACAUGGAAUGCCAUGCUUUCUGGAUAUGCUCACAUGGAUCGAGCUGAGGAAGUCUCCUUCAUUUUCAGAGAAAUGCUACGUGAAGGCGUUGAGCCUAAUUUUGUGACCAUUGCAAGCGUCCUUCCCCUUUGUGCUCGAAUAGCAAAUCUACAACAUGGUAAAGAGUUUCAUUGCUAUAUGGUGAAGCGUGAAGAGCAGUUUAAUGGCUAUUUAUUAUUGUGGAACUCACUGGUGGAGAUGUAUUCAAAGUCCGGCAAAGUUUUAGAAGCCAGGAAGGUCUUUGAUUCAUUAAGCAGGAGAGAUGAAGUCACAUAUACUUCCAUGAUUAUGGGAUAUGGUAUGAGGGGUGAUGGAGAAACUGCUCUGAAACUAUUUGAAGAGAUGCGCAGGUUAAAUAUUAAACCAGAUCAUGUGACAAUGGUUGCAGUUCUAAUAGCUUGUAGUCAUUCUGGCCUUGUAGAACAAGGGCAAUCGCUAUUUAGAAAGAUGAUAGAAGUCUAUAGAAUAAAUCCAAGGAUUGAGCAUUAUUCAUGUAUGGUUGAUCUCUUUGGAAGGGCUGGUCUUCUUGACAAAGCAAAGGAGGUUAUCACAGGGAUGCCAUGCAAACCGACUUCAGCAAUGUGGGCCACUCUAAUAGGAGCUUGUCGAAUCCAUGGAAAUACAGUGAUUGGGGAAUGGGCUGCAGGAAAGUUGUUGGACAUGAAACCUGAUCAUUCAGGUUAUUAUGUGUUGAUUGCAAAUAUGUAUGCAGCUGCUGGUUGUUGGAGCCAACUAGCAAAAGUGAGGACUUGUAUGAGGGAUUUGGGUGUGAGAAAGGCUCCUGGUUGUGCGUGGGUUGAUGUUGGCAGAGAGCUUUCUCCCUUUUUAGUUGGGGACACUUCGAACCCUCAUUCAGACGAGAUUUACCCUCUGAUGGAUGGGUUGAAUGAACUCAUGAAAGAUGCUGGUUAUGUACCUAGUGAAGGGUAUAUCUCAACUGAGGAAGAUUUUGAGGAGAUGAAUAUUGCAGGGAAUGUAUGCUGAAUACAAGUUAAACAUAUUUUUAGAUGGCUAUUCCUGUACUAAAAACACGAGGUAGAUUUUUAGUACAAGUUACAAUUACAGAGUCAAAUCCCUCAUGCACGACCAACAGAGCAGAAAUUGCUUGAUCAGUUGCUAGAUCUGGCAACAUAAUUGAAGAGUACACAGCACCGAGAUGAAGGGAAUUUUUUUACUUUAUAUUGCUCAAGAUGAAGGGAACAUUUUAUCGGACUGCAGUAAAACUUGCGAUGCUGUAUGGGACGGAAAGUUUGACGGUUAAGAAUCAACAUGAGAAUAAAGUAAGUGUAGCAAAGAUGAAGAUAUUGUGUUGGAUGUGUGGUAAGAUUAGAGAUGAUAAAAUUAGAAAUGACAAUAUUAGAGUGUUGGGGUAACACCUAUAAUAGAAAGGAUGGUGAAAAAUAGACUUAGGUAGUUUGAGCAUGUAGAGAGAAGACAUGUAGAUUCUUUAGAAAGGAGUGUAGAUCAGAUGGAGAGGGGUCAAACAGCUACAAGUAGAUGAUGACCUAGAAAAACUAUACGAGAAGUUAUUAAAAAAGAUCUCGAGAUUAACGAUUUGGAUAGAAACAUGGUUAUGGAUAAAACAUUAUGGCAGAAGUUGAUUCAUAUAGACGACCCCAUUUAGUGAGAUAAGACUUGGCUGUUGUUGUUUAUUUGCAUAUGGAAUUUCAUGAAAUUGAACCAUUUGCAUCUUCCUAUUACAUAAGGCAGAGAAUAGAGCAAUGUAAUGAUAUUAUAGGUGAUAGUCUUGGGGCGCCUACAUAGUUGGGAUCCUAUUGCUACCAUAUGAUUCUUUUGCACUCUAGUUUUAAUGUAUAAAAAAGAUGUAAAGAUACUCCAUGUUUUCUUAAAAAAUUGAGAUCACCGAGUUUAUCCCGUCUUUUUAUAGAUGAAAAGAAUGUGGUUGUUCUAUCAUGUGUAUAACUCUAGUCUAUAACUUCACAAAGCACUUAAUCUGCUAUCUGGAUGAAAGAUUGCACUUAAAAUUGUCGGUUGCUACUUGCUAUUUUAUUAAUACUUUCCUGAUUGGUAUUGAUUUGGUUGAAGUUUUGGCUUGACGGGAAGUAGGGUCAUUGACGAUUUGGUAUGCAAGUUGAGCAACAUAGAGGUAAAGUUUCCACCACAUGAAAGGCGAGUUAUGUUAUUUUGGAGUGCCCCACAUACUUUUCUUUCGCAUGGGUUAGUAGUAGACUAAGCAAUCAUGUAUGCUUACCGAGUAAUUGUCUUAAAGCACAUCGCAAGGCAUACUUUAGAUAAGAUAAAAAAAGUGAGUACAGUUUGUAAUUGACCAAGUUCUGUUUGUUGAAACUGAACUAUUUAAGUGAGAGCAACAGUUGGUUCGAUUUUUGUAGUUCAGUUUCGAUUAGUGAGCUAUGUUUAAAACACUAGUUUGGUUUGUGAACUCAGAGAACAGUUUGGUUCUCUUCAGUGUAGUAUUUGGUUUUACAGCUGGCUUCUGUUUCAGUUUUUUGUACAUUCCUAACUGCUAAGACAGUUUCUUGAAUUCCUAGACCCAAAGCAUUUUCUUAGUCUUUGCGAUUGUUGUACUCUAAUGUUUUUUUUUUUUAUGCAAAACAAGUUCGGGCCUUUAUAUUAUGAAAUAGGGUAAGAAUGCUUCUGUUGAUAAUUUUCAUUUGUCUUUCUUGAAUAAUCAGCUUUCACUCUAUCAUUUGAAAUAUAAAGUCAGCCAUAGAUACUAACCUAAACAUAAUAUUUUAAAGUCUUUCCUACCUGAUUUUUUCAACAUUCUUUUCUUCCAAAAAUAAAUUGUUCUUUUUUGUUGGAUAUAUAGGAGAGGUGACAUGUAUACGCAGUGCCUUAAAAUUUUGGAUGGAGAAUGGUGUCAAGGUCUCUUAUGGGUAUGGACAUUUAGUCCAUUGAUGAUGUUAUUGGUGCUCUCGGCCCUCUUUAACAAGUGGUAUCAAAGUUAUGAUUCGGCUUAAUGGGGAACGACAGUGGGAUCCUCGUAUGGAUCAAGUCUAGUGAUGCGGGUGACUCACUUGAAGGAGAGAUUACUGAAAUUCAAGUGUGAGUGGUUAAUCCCACAUGGACUAAAAAUGAAAAAAAAUGUUGGAUAUACAAGAGAGGAUCAGUGGUACCUGUCCUUAAUAUUGGAGAGAAGAAGGUUGUUAAUUGUACAAGGAAUUGAUUGCAUGGCUUAAAGGAUCAAAGGUUACAUUGAAGAGAGGAAGGUUGUUAACGGUUCAGUUCUUCACAAAGAUCUUGCUGAAUUGGUUUCACCAUUUUUAUUGACUGAGUUCAAAUCAUCCUCAACCAUCAUUUACUAUUUGUGCUUUAUGUUUUUAUGUUGUCCUUGUUUUCCAGAAGAUUGGAAUGAGUUAUUCAGAUUUGUAUUUUUUGUAUAGCAGGUAAUCUUAAAGUGAUUUCACAGCUAUAAGUUUGGGAAUGGGAGAAUGAAUUUGGGUUAAUAUCUACUGUAUGCUUCUUUGGGGGCUUGAAUAGAAUUAUAUUUUUUCUAUUUAAGUUUUUUAAAGUGAAAUUUAGAUACCUCUAGUGAUUUUACUGUUAUUUGGUGUAUUAUGUUGUAGGUGGAGACCAUUUGGAUAUUUUGAUAAUUUCACUUGGGAGCAACUUCUCAAUAAGGAUGGAAGAGUUCAAGAAUGCAAAGCUUUUAAUACUCGCCAUUUAAUUUGUAAUUAACAUGUCUUUAGAUAUUUUGCUUUAGCUUUAUCAUAGUACUACUCAACAUUUCAUACAUUGUAUAUUGAUGUCUUCAGAUGUUUUGAACAAAGAGAUCGACAGUCUUAUGUCAAGAGAAGGAUUCAAAUCCUCUGGGAGUGAAUCUUACAUAGCCAUUCUUAAAA